AUGUCGCCCUUCUGGCCGGCCUACAUCACGCGCGAGCGCAUCGCCAAGGCGCCCAAGCUCAAGCUGGCCAUCACGGCCGGCGUCGGCUCCGACCACGUGGACCUGGCGGCCGCCUGCGACCGCAACAUCACGGUGGCCGAGGUCACGGGCUCCAACGUCGUGAGCGUGGCCGAGCACGUCGUCAUGAUGAUCCUCUCGCUCGUGCGCAACUACAUGCCCGCGUACCAGCAGGUGGUGGCCGGCCACUGGGACAUCGCGGCCAUCGCCAACCACGCGCACGACCUCGAGGCCAAGCACGUGGGCACGGUGGCCGCCGGCCGCAUCGGGCUGCGCGUCAUGCGGCGCCUCCGGCCCUUCGACGUCAAGCUGCACUACACGGACAAGGUGCGGCUGCCGGCCGACGUCGAGAAGGAGCUCAACGUCAAGUGGCACCCGACGGUCGAGGACAUGGUCAAGGAGUGCGACGUCGUGACCAUCAACUGCCCGCUGCACCCGGAGACGGAGAACCUCUUCGACGCCGAGAUGCUCCGCAAGAUGAAGAAGGGCGCGUUCCUCGUCAACACGGCGCGCGGCAAGAUCGUGGACAGGGACGCGCUCGUCAAGGCCGUCGAGAGCGGCCACAUCCAGGGAUACGCCGGAGACGUGUGGUUCCCGCAGCCGGCGCCCGCCGACCACCCGUGGCGCAACAUGCCGCGCCACGCCAUGACGCCGCACUACUCGGGCACGACGCUGGACGCGCAGGCGCGCUACGCCGCGGGCACCAAGGAGAUCCUCGAGCGCUUCUUCGAUGGCAAGCCGCAGCGACCCGAGUACCUCAUCGCCGAGGGCGGCAAGGUCACCAGCCCCUCCUACACGCACGGAGACGCCACCUCCGGAUCGCUCUAA